AUGUCAGUGCCAUCCUCUCCCGUUCCCAAUCGACAUUCUCACCUGACCGAAGAUGAUGCUUCGACCCUUUCUCUCGUCGACUCGAACGAAAUUCAACUUUUUCGAAAUUUUUCUUCAUCUCCCAAUUCGUCGAAACGUUUGACAACACAUUCGAAUUCUACGCAUAACAACAACAACAAACCAUCAUUGUCAUCGGAACACAAGAUAUUUAAUUUACCUAGCGAAUUAAUUAUUCUCAUUCAAACGUUUUUGCCAAAUCAUGAAAAACAAUUGUCUCGAUUUAUUAGUAUCGAUUGGAAUUUAAAUUAUUAUCAAUCGGUGACGGUUUUAAACAUGUCGAAGCGAAUGAAUUCUCGAGUUUAUGUCAUUGAUUUUUUGAAAAUGUUCUCUCGAUUGCAAUACGUGACUGGAAAUGUGAAUUUACAAUUGGAACAUGUGUUGCAAUUGCAAAGCUCUGAUUUGAGACAUGUGGAUGGAUUGUUUGUGGAUUCCAUUCCUCAAUUGUAUAGUUUAAUUCGUGCCUUUCCGAGAUAUGAAACAGUGGCAUUGUGUUACGAUAUAUUUAGAAAGACAGACAUGUUGGAAACACAAUUACCGCAAUUUGUAACACGAUUUAUGAAAGACACUUUGCGAAAAAUCACUCUCCAGAAUGUCUACGUGACACACAAAGAUCUGCUGUACAUAUUCGAAAAGUGUCCCAAUUUAUCAUGUCUCGAUUUACACAGUAAUUUAGAUAUGAGAUAUAUGGACAAUUUCAGGGAAAGAAGUGAAAAAAGACCUCCCAUAUUUAAUUUGAAACAAUUACCAAAAGGACGUCUCACAAGUUUAUCAUUGCACGGCAAAAAAUUCGAAGGAAUUGCCGAUUGUAUUGAGAAUUCACAUCGAUCUCUCCAAGAAUUGACACUACAAUGUGGAGGAGCUCUCGUUAGUGAUUUAUUGGGAAAAAUGGUCUGUCUCACUUUCCCAGAGUUGCGAGUGUUGAAAAUUCAUGCCAGUGAUUUACUGAACGAUGAAGCUGCAAGCGAAUAUUGGAUUGCACUAUUCAAAGCAUGUCCUCGUUUGGAAUAUAUUGCCAUUACGAAAGCAUUUAGACAGAGUGAAUUUGAGGCCAUCAUGAUGUCGUGUCCCUACAUGAAGAGAAUUGAAGUCGAUGGUUUCGAAAAUGACGCAUGUUUGGAUUUGUGCAGAACGAUUGUAUAUUAA